GAGAGCGGAUAUAGUGAAUGCGGGGUCCGGGGGAGAGCGGAUAUAGUGAAUGCGGGGUCCAGGGAAAGCGGAUAUAGCGAAUGCGGGGUCCGGGGAGAGCGGAUUAUAGCGAAUGCGGGGUCCAGGGAAAGCGGAUAUAGCAAAUGCGGGGUCCGGGGAGAGCGGUCGGAUAUAGCGAAAUGCGGGGUCCGGGGAGAGCGGAUAUAGCGAAUGCGGGGUCCGGGGAGAGCGGAUAUAGCGAAUGCGGGUCCGGGGAGAGCGGAUAUAGCGAAUGCGGGGUCCGGGGAGAGCGGAUAUAGCGAAUGCGGGGUCCGGGGAGAGCGGAUAUAAAGCGAAUGCAGGGUCCGGGGAGAGCGGAUAUAGUGAAUGCAGGGUCCGGGGAGAGCGGAUAUAGUGAAUGCAGGGUCCGGGGGAGAGCGGAUAUAGUGAAUGCGGGGUCCGGGGGAGA